AUGAGUGGAAAAAAUAUAAAGCCACUUAUUUCUCAGAGAGGAUCUUCAUUAUCUAUACAGUCUUUCUCGAAUUCUAUAUCAACAACAAAUAAUGAAACAUUAUCUCCACCAAAUCAUAAAACACUUGGAAAAAAAACGUUUCAACACCAUUCUUCAGAAUCAACAUCUAUUAUAGGAAAGAAAAAACAUCAUGAAUACAACAAUGAGAUAAAUAGUAAUGAAACGAAUAUUCAGGUAGUAGUAAGAUGUCGUGGACGAAGUCAGCGAGAAAUACGAGAAAAUAACUAUAACAUUGUUACAACACAAGGGCCUCGUGGAAAAGAAGUAUGCAUUCAUACAAGCCCUUUAUCGCAAAUGAAUACAAGAACAUAUACAUUUGAUCGUGUUUUUGGACCAGAAGCGGAUCAAGUGAUGGUAUUUGAUGAUGUUGUUCUUCCAAUACUUGGAGAGGUCUUGAAUGGAUACAAUUGCACUAUAUUUGCCUAUGGACAAACAGGAACAGGGAAAACCUAUACUAUGACAGGAGAUAUGUCCGGUGAUUACAGUACAUUUUCAAAUUCAUCUGGAAUAAUACCAAGGACGCUUUACCGCUUGUUCAAUAUCCUUGAAACAGAAGAUACAGAAUAUUCCGUUAAAUGCUCAUUUAUUGAGCUUUAUAAUGAAGAGCUUCGUGAUUUAUUGUCUAUUGAAGAUAAAAAAGUAAAAAUUUUUGAAGAUACAAUAAAAAAAGGAGUAGUAAUAAAUGGAAUGGAAGAUAUUCCUAUCACAAAUUCUUCUGAUGGAAUAAAACUGCUUCAAAUGGGAAGCCAUAAGCGUCAAGUUGCGGCAACAAAAUGUAACGAUCUUUCGAGUCGCUCACAUUCCAUUUUUACAAUUACUAUUCAUAUUAAAGAAGUAGCAGAAGUUGGAGAGGAUCUUUUAAAAGUAGGAAAACUUAACUUAGUAGAUCUCGCUGGUUCAGAAAACAUUGGACGAUCCGGUGCAGAAAACAAGCGUGCACGAGAAGCAGGGAUGAUUAAUCAAAGUCUUUUAACAUUAGGAAGAGUAAUAAAUGCCUUAGUCGAUAAAUCACAGCACAUUCCAUAUCGUGAAUCAAAGCUUACUCGUCUUUUACAAGAUUCAUUGGGUGGAAAAACUAAAACAUGUAUUAUCGCAACUAUAAGUCCAGAGAAAAAUAACUUAGAAGAAACAAUAAGUACUUUAGAGUAUGCAAACAGGGCAAAAAGUAUUAAAAACAAGCCUCAAAUUAAUCAAAUGAUGACAAAAAAAACACUUAUUAAAGAAUAUAUUCAGGAUAUAGAACGGUUAAAAAGCGAUUUAAAUGCUUGUCGUCAAAAAACAGGCAUUUAUCUCUCAGAAAGUUCAUAUAAAGAACUUACUGGAGAAAAUCAUUCUAAUAAAACUUUAGUAGAAGAACAACAACGUAAAAUAGAUGCUUUAGAGUUAUCACUUAAAUCAAUCCGAGAACAAUUUGAGCAAAACAUGAAACUUUUUAUACAAACAAAAAAAGAUUUGGAAAAAACAUCAAAAACACUAGAAGACACAGAAAAUAUAUUAAGAAAAACCGAACAUGACCUUAUCGAUACUAAACAACAUUUAAACGAAGAAAUUAUUAUCCGAAAAGCUCAUCAAACUACAGAAUGGGAACUUGACAUUAUAGCAAAUGAACUUCAUGCUACUCUUAAAAAGACAAUUGUCGAUAUUAAUAAUUUGCAUGAAAAAAUUGAACGUAAAACAGAAGUUGAAUCUUCAAACAAUAUAUUAUGGAAUGAAAUAAAAUCUGAUAUAACUACAUUUACAAAAAAUCUUAACAAUGAUAUAACUAAAUAUCAUCUAUCUCAACUAAAAUAUUGCAAUGAACUAGAAAAUAAAAUUGCAGAAUUUAUUACUAAAGAAAUAAAACAAAUCAAUGAUAACUUUCAAUUUAUAGAUCAGCAACUUUCAGGUUUUGAAAGUAAACAUAUCGAAAUUUUCAAUCGAAUAGAUUUAGGAAAACAGGAAACAAACAAUUCUCUGGAAGAAAUCAAAAUAUUCAAAGAAGAUAUCAAAUCAAGGCUUAAUGAUGGAUUUAAAAAUCUUAACAAAGCAACAAAAAGAAUUUCAGAAGAAAUUUUUGGAGAAAUAAUAAAGUUUCAGCAACAAAUUCAUAAUUCAUAUAGUCAGUUAGGACACGAUAUAAAAUCUCUCUUUGAUGAUACUCAAAAACAUAUUACUGCACAGGCCUCGGAAAUUCAAAAUUUGAAAUCAGAAUUUUUAACAUUAUUUCAAUAUAUUAGAGAUGAAAUAUCUCAUGCAUCAGAUCACUUUGAAAAAUUGCUGUCUCAAGAACAAGAAAAAAGCUUAAAAGAAAAAGAAGAAUUAGUAGCUCAUAUAUCAUGUCUUAUUAAUAAUCUUUUCGAGGCUCAAAACAAACGAUAUGCUGCUCAAAUUGAUUAUACCCAAUCAAAUAUAAAUAACGUCUCCAAUAAAAUUAACGAACUAGCUUCUAGUUUUUCAGGGAAGAUUGAUAUUUGGUCUGCAAAAGAGAACCUCUUUAUUAAAAAGUUAAUAAGCUCUAAAGAUGACAUUAAAAAUAAUGUCAUAUCAGCAGCAAAAAAUAUUGAUAAUAAAGGAGCUACUAUUCAAACCAAUACUCAAACAAUCUAUUCAGAAAUUCUCAAACUAACUGAUGCUCAAAUGCAAGAAACAAAUACUCAAAUACAACUUUUCAAUGAUACACUCUCUAAAGCACAAUCACAAAACUCUCUUCAUUAUAAUGCAUACAUAAAAGAUAAUGACUCCAUAUCUGAUUAUAUUAAAAAUUCUUAUCAAAAAUUAAAAACAGAAAUAAAUAACAUUAAAGAAAAUAUCGAUAUACAUUCUCAUUUUAUUAUCGAUUUAACUCAAAAUCAAAAGUUAGAAAAUAAUUUUCAUAAAGAUUCUAUUGUUUCCCAAAUAGUAACAACUUAUGAUAAAAUCUUAUCAGUACCGAUAAAAAAGGAUAUUUUAACAGGCAAAACCCCGAAAAAAUGUAAUUAUGAAUAUCCAACAUCAUGGAAACUUACAAAAUCACAUGAAGAAAUACUUAAACAAUUGCGAAAAGUACCACUUUCAGAAAUUGACACAAACGUAAUCUGUCUCACGAAUCUUAAACAUGCAGAAUCUGAAGAAUCAAAAAAUGAAAUUAUAAAAGAAAAAAUAUCUGAUAAUUCAUGUACCGAAACACAACCUAAUUCAAAUGAAAAAUUGUCAGAUAUAGAAAUAAAGGUAUCAAAAAAUGCUCUAGAUAGCUAUGAAAACGAAUUUAAAUCAAGGAUCCGAAAACGUACAUACCAAAUGGUUUAA